AUGCACGUCGCACAGAUCGUUGUUCACGCUUCCACCCCACACUCGACAUCAGGCCGAAUGUCUGGCCUCAAGUUUGACCCCCCGCAGGUGUCCCCAGUCACUGAGGUGGAUAGGAGGAGAUUCCCGAGAUUCCGCGCGUACAUUAGGCGCAGGAUCGCCGAGACGCUCCCGGAGUCUAUCCUGCAGGGCGCGAUCACCGAAGUCGUUACCGACGCAAUCGGAACACUGGACAGCCGAAGCGAGAAAGAGGCAAUUCUCUGCGUCGACUCAAACAUUGAUCUGGAGAGACUGCUGGGGCCCCUGAAGCAUCAACGGAUCCCGGCGCACCUCAUGACUUGGAAGGACGAACCCCGCUCGCUCGGAGUGCGCUCAACUACCAGCACCAAGUCCGGCGUCCACAUCCCGGACAUCACUGUUUACGUCAAGAACGUGGCGACGGGGCAGAUUGUUGUCGCUCAUGUCGUGGAGAUCAAGUGGCGAGCGGGUGUUGCUCAAGCUAUCUUGAACAUGUCUCAAGCACACGAGGCUCAACAGACCACAGACGGAACAUUCGUCCUUGAGACAACAUUCUGCCGGUUGUUCGCCUCUGAUCUCCAGGAGCUUCUGGAGAAAUCCAGCGAGCUGGCAAAUUCCAUGCCUCAUGACUUCGCGCCGUCGCAGCAGCCCGAGGCCACGAAGGUGGACGACAUCGGCAUCGAUGUUGCACAAUUCGAAUUGUUGUGGAAGCAUUUCCAGCGCGCCCGAGCUCAUAUCCAGAGUCUGCCGCCGGCGCCGGUUGGGGCUUCCGCCAUUCUGAUCCCAACUCUCGUUGACCCGUCUUUCGAGAGAGAGAUUGUUCGACGGACUCCUCUCCCCGCGCCUCGAGAAGAAAGCCCUAGCGGGGACGACGAUACGGAGGACGACGGCGCCGACGGGGACGUGCCUCUUCAGCGCCUUCUGGCCCAGUUCACACUGGACGGCUGGCACGUCAAGCUCGUUUCUCCGCGAGACUUCAACACUAUCUCGAACAUUAUCUGA